AUGGCGAUGGAAGAGAUAUCAUCUUCAACCUCACAAACCCUUUCCACAAAUUCCUUCUUUACUCCUUUACUUAUCUCCAUUAUGGGUAUCGGUGCUACUGCUUUAGCCAUACUUAUGUAUCAUCUUCUUGUGGUUCGAUACUGUAUGAGAACGCAUGCUGCAAGAAUGGCGUCGUUGCAGGCUUUCGCCGGUGCCGGAGUACCCACCGGAGUUGAUGAAAAGACCCUUUUGAAUAUCCCGAUAAUCACGUACAUCAAGACUGAUUCGAACUCCGAUCAAUGCGAAUGUGCGGUUUGUUUAGGGGAUGUUGAAAACCGGGAUCAGGUUCGGUUGUUGCCGAAUUGUAAGCAUGUGUUUCAUGUUUCGUGUAUCGAUGAAUGGUUCGUCGCUCACACGAGUUGUCCGGUUUGUCGAGUCUCGGUGGUUGCACCGGAUGACGAGGUUCGGAAUUGUCCGAUUUGCCGAUCGUCCGUCGGAGCGUCGUCGGACGAUCGGUCUGUUGGUUCUGGACCGGAACAAGAAUGUGAUGAUCAAACCGAUGCCACGAUCGAGGUUUCGGAUGGGGAUAGGAAUGCGGAUGGAUCUGUGGAUGAAUCCGCAUCCGGACCGCGCAUGGUUCUUCGGCAUUGUAAUUCUUUGGUUUUGCCGAGGGAGACGAAAGGGAGGUUAUCGGGAAUGGAGUUGAAACGAUCGUUAUCGAUGGGGGAAAGUAGUUGUGUAACGAUCGAUAUCCAUGUAGACAAUAAUGUGGGAAGAGAUUGUUCGUAUUAUUUCUCGUUUAGAGACGAACCGGUUAAGCGUUUUCAACGUGUAUCGUCGAAGGUGAAGCAAUCGAUUUCUCGAAUGUGUGUAGAACAAGGGAGUGGGAUUCUUCCGUAUUGA